AUGCAAAUUAAAAAUUUUAUACCCUUUUCAACUACAUCACCAAUUGAAUAAUAUAUUACUUAAUUUUUCAGACAUUGUUACCUAGCAACAAAUAAAAAUUUGGCAUUGACAGAAUGUUAAUAUGGAGAAAACAAUAAAAACGCAGAAAUCGUAAUAACAAACAUUAUAAUACAUUCAAACUACUUAAAAGGAUUUUCAUGUUUUGAUCUAGGGAAAACAAAAAUAGAGGAAUUUGAAGAAAUGCUUAAAUCUCCGGGGGGAACAUCUUAAUAAUUAUGGUCUUAUGAAUUAUAAGAUCUGGCUACAAAAGUUUGGAAUGAACAAUAAUAAUAUUGA